AAACUCUCUUGUUUCUUUCUUACAACUUUAUAGCUUUCUUUACAUCUCAGCGCGUGCGCAAUGGCUCUCAGCCUCACUCCAUCCUCAGCUUGAGCGCUCUAGCUAGUCCUUGAAAUUAGAUACACUAAUUAUUUCUUAAGACUAAUUAUUUCUUAAUAUUGAAGAAAUUAAAAAAAAAUGUCUUUCCACGACACUACAAGGGAUGAAAAACGCCCUAAUUCAGCCAAAUUUAGCCCAAGCAUUUGGGGAGAUUAUUUCAUGUCAUGUGCUUCAAAUGACUCCCUAAUGGAAAUUAUGGAAAAUAGCAAAGAAAGUGAGAAGAUUAUUGAACUGAAGAAACAAGUGAAGAAUAAUAUCAUUCAUCUUGAUCCAUUUGAAAAUCCUUUGGAGAAACUCGAAUUUAUUGAUGCUAUUCAACGAUUGGGAUUGUCUUACUAUUUUGAAAAAGAAAUUGAUGAAGUUUUGGAACGAUUGCAUAACAAUCUUCACGACCAUCAUCAUGAUGAUAACCUUUAUGUUGAUGCUCUGCGCUUUCGGUUGCUUAGACAACAAGGUUAUAAUAUUCCAUGCGACGUAUUCAACAAGUACAAGAACGAGAAAUUUAAGGAGUCACUUUCGAGUGAUAUUCGAGGAUUGUUAAGCUUGUAUGAAGCUGCACAACUGAGAGUUCAUGGAGAGGAAAUACUAGAUGAAGCACUGAUCUUCACAACUACUCAUCUUGGAUCCAUUGCUAAAACCUCCCAAUUAAGCUCUCCUCUCUUAGACCAAGUGAAUUAUGCCUUAAAACACCCUAUUAGAAAGAGCUUAGAAAGAAGAGAGGCAAGACAUUUCAUCUCAGUUUACCAUCAACAAGCUUCUCAUAAUGAGCAUCUUUUAACACUAGGAAUACUAGAUUUUAACUUGCUCCAAAAUCUGUAUCAGAAGGAAUUAAGUUUUAUUACGAGGUGGUGGAAUGAGUUUGAUUAUAAAAGUAAGCAAUCUUUUUCAAGAGAUAGAAUAGUGGAGAGCUACAUUUGGACUUUGGGAGUGUUUUUUGAGGCUGAAACUUCGCAAAUCAGGUUGAUGACGAGCAAGUUAAUUGCUUUACUCACAAUAAUUGAUGAUAUUUAUGAUAGCUUUGGUACACUUGAAGAACUAGAGCUUUUUACUGAAGCAAUAGAAAGGUGGGAUAUAUGUGUCAUUGACCAACUGCCAGAGUACAUGAAACUAUGUUACAAGAAACUUUUGGGGUUUUACAGUGAAGUUGAAGAAUUUACUAAGGACAGAUCAUAUUGCUUGAGCUAUGCUAAGAAGGGGUUGCAAAUUCAAGUUAGAGCUUAUUUUCACGAAGCCAAAUGGUUACACCAGAAACACAUACCAACGUUAGACGAAUAUAUUCCAGUUGGGUUUAACAGUGCCGGAUCUUUUGUGCUCAUAGUAAUGGCCUUUAUCGGAACAGGAGAUGCUGUAACAAAAGAUUCUAUGGAUUGGAUAUUUUCUGAUCCUCUGCCUAAGAUUGUACGGACUAUGUCAAUAGUUGGAAGAGUUAUGAAUGAUAUCGCCUAUCACAAGUCGGAACAAAGGAAAUCAGGACAUAUAGUGGCUUCAGCUGUGGAGUGUUACAUGAAACAAUAUAGUGUAACUGGAGAAGAAGCUAUAGAGAAACUUAACCAACAAGUUAAUGAUUCAUGGAAGGAUCUCAAUGAAGAGCUUCUCAAUCCGACCACUAUACCAAUGCCACUCCUAAUGAGAGUUUUUAGCUUUGUACGUGCGCACCAUGAGAUGUAUAGAGAAGGAGAUGGUUUUACACAUGGGACCUUGCUCAAAGAUUUGAUUGAUUCUCUCAUCAUCAACCCCUACACUCAACCAUAAUUUUAUAUCUUUUUGUGUGUAAAUAAUUAUGCAUUAGUUUUUUCCAAUAAGUUAUUAGCUAGUUAAUGAGUAGCAUUGUAUCAAGAAUUCUCCUAUAGGGGCUUCACUUAAGUCCUACCGGUGAGGCUCAUCACUGUUCUCGACUCGUGAACGGUUUUCGACGCAAUUUUUUUAUGACCAUGUAUAUUGUAGUUGGUUAGAGCAUCCUGCAAAUUUUCAAAAAAUUCCGAAUAGUUUACAAUACUGAAAACUAGGUUCAAACAUGUUGCUUUCCACGCGCAUAAAAAAAAUUAGUCACACGUGCAACAACAUGUUUGAACCUAGUUUUUUGUAUUGUAAAUUAUUCAUAAUUUUCUAAAAAUCGCGAUGAUGCUCUAAAUAGCUACAAUAUACACGAUCAUAAAAAAAAAUCGCAUCAAAAACUGUUCGAAGGUCGAGAACACUGAGAGCCCUACCAAUUGGGCUUAAAGUGAA